AUGGCUUUCAAAAAGAAGCUCUCAGUCUGGACCAACAGAGUUAAUAGAGGUGUGUUUGACAUGUUCGGCUGUCUGUCAUCUCUGGCUGAUGAAGGUGUGGAUUUGGGGCAGGUGCCGGUAGUGAUCGCGCAACGCCUUACCGAAACACUGCGUCAUUUUGAUUCAUACUUCCCCUCAAAAUCCCAUCUCACGGAAAAGCAAUGGGUAAGAGAUCCGUUCACCAACCCAGAAACGAGCGCUCUGCCACCUGUGGUGCAGGAUAAACCUCUGGAGCUUUCGUGCGAUGCUGAUGAGUUCCUUGUUUCUGUUUUAGUGUCUUCUGUCUCCUCGAUGGAAGUACUUGUGGCCCAGCAGAUUAAUGCACUGAACGGCACCAUGGUGAAGAUCUCAUGCAUUUUCAACUCCUGCUAUAAACUGGAUACGAGCAGAUUUUCUAUGAACUGGACCUACCAGGAGACCAAAAAUGACUCCGAGGUGACGUUAAUAUCCUUUAAGAACAGAAUAACUCCUUGGAAGAAAGAGCGUUUCGGGGACAGGGUAAAGUUUGCUGGAAACCUGGACAAAAAUGACCUUUCCAUCACCAUCUCAGACGUGCAGCUGACAGACGAAGGAAUCUAUAACUGUUAUGUUCGCAAUCCUCCUGAUCGUGUCGAGGGCCAUGGGAGAAUCCAGCUGUCUGUUGUCACUGAGUUGCCUCCGCCCAGGGACUCGACCAUUGCGGUGGCAGUCGGAGCAUCUAUAGGAGGGAUGCUGGCGCUGGUGAUCCUCUCCAUGGUGGUGAUCAAGUGUGUUCGCAGACAUAAGAAGCAGGAGCUCAUCUCUGAUGAACAGAAAAUGGAGGAGGAGGGGAAAACAGAUGGAGAUGGAGGCACAGAAGAAGGAACCAAACAAAUUUAACGGGGUCAUGAGCUGCAGGGCCUGGACUCUGAUGGAGCCUCAUUCUUCACACACAGAAAUGACGUUUGCUUGAGCCAUCAUGCUGUGGCUGCAGUGUUUUCCUUGGUAUGGAUCUUUCCUCAUUCGCCCAGACAAUAAACAUUAAACAACAAACAAAGUGGAUUUUUUGAAAAUCUCAGCCAAUGCUAAACCUGCCGUACAUUCCACCUGAGCCAGUGUAAAGCUUCAGAUCAGGUUUCUCUCCUCCACUCUGCAGUUUUAUAUUGCUAACAAUCUUCCACCCAGUGUUUAU